AUCUGAUUCGAACGGCAAGGUCUAAGAACGGAGCGACCAUGGCAGAUCAAAACGAACUUGACCAGUUGGCCAAUGCGGAGCUGUUGAGGCUCCAGCGUCAGCAUCGGGGACUCCAGCUGGACCUUCGUGGUCUCCUUGAGGAGAAGGCCAAGCGGUUGAAGAAGCAAAACCACAUGAUUAACGUUCUGCAAGUCGAGCACCAAAAACUAAAGGAGGAAAUAAAGACUCUCGAGGGCGGCACUCACGCCCGCAAGAACACUAAUAAGGAGAGGCAACUUGGCGCACUUCAGAACCAGCAGACCGACCUUCAAAGGGUGCUCCAAAAUGAGAGGACCAAUCUUUGGGAGCUGGAAGGCCACAUCAGGAAAAUGGAGAAGGAGAUUGAUGCACUGCGUCGCAACGAAGUGCCGGACAACUGCUACAAGGACACUAUCUGUAAGGUGCAGAAAAGUGUUGUGAAGCUGGAGAACCGGCUCGAUGUGGUCAAUAAAAAGUGCAGCGAUGUUCUAACUGAAAACAGCAAGAUGCGGGACGCUAUUAAUCAUAUGCUGCAGGAUCGGGCAAACUUCAACGAUAUGUGGCAGUCGAUGGUAGGGCAGUUCAACGAGGGAAAAAAGUUCAUAAUGGACCUGAUCGACCAGUCGACGUUGGCCUUUGACCAACGGGAGGAACUCUGCAACAAGCUGUCUGUGCUGAAGGAUCGCAACGAGAACGACAAGGUGAUGCACAUCCAGGAGAUGCGCGAGAUGCAACGCCGCUUGGAACACGACUCCAAGCUCCAAAAGUUCUUCGAUAUAAAGGGCCAGAAGCGGCUUAACCCGGAGUUGGAGCAGCGUGAGCUGGACAAAAAGCAGAGUCAAAAGGAGACCUAUGAGCGACAGCUCACCGAAUACAAGGACAUUAUUGAAAAGAUUAAAAUACUUUACGGCGAGGAGGAUGCCGAGCGCCUGGUGGCACAGUUUAAACGCCAAGAGGACGAGAACUUUGCGCUUUUCAACUAUGUAAACGAGCUGAGUCACGAAGUGGAGGUCCUUAACGAUUCCACGCAGGAGUUGACCGACGAAAUUGAACGCCAGAAGUCGGAACAGACUGAAAAGGAACUUAAGCUUAAAACUGAGGCUCUGGACUAUUUGAACGCCGAACGAGAUCGGAUCGAGCAGUUGGCUGAGGAAACUCGCGAAAGGAAGCGCACCUUAAGCAUCCGAUUGGAGCAACUGCUGAAGGGCAUUGAGGAUAUAUUCAGACAACUGGCAUGCGAUGAUGCGCCCAUCCUGAAUGUGUUGAGCACCAAAACAUUCCUAACCGUCCACAACGUGAAGCUCUUUAUUGGAGUUAUUGAAAGACGCGUUAAUCUGAUCAUUAGUGCCAUUAACAUUGAGGAUAACUCCAACAAAAUAUUGGCCAGAAAGGAUCGGGUUCCAAAGUUUAACAUACGCGAGUCUGCUAAAACGAAAAACUAAUCAAACUUGAUCAUAUGAUCAUCCUAGAAGAUGAGUAAUCUUGGAAUAAA